AGGCGAAGUGUGUACGUCCAUCUCCCUUCUCCUCAACGCAGGCAAAUGAAAUUGAGUAAAACGGCAUCAGUAAGAGUUAAAGAAGCCUGGUCCGCAUACCUUGCGGAUAACAAUUACUUUAUAUCUUAAGAAGAAAGUAAAUACAUUUAUGUUUUUACAUUCGAUAAGGAAACUAGGAAAAGAACUAAAGAAUAAAUUUUCGGGUUUGGACGACAUUCGGGUGUUUCUUUUUUGGACGGUGGACGGAUGAUGAUUGGAGAUAUGUCAUGGAGAGAAGGGCUAUGCUUUGGUGCCUUUUUAAUGGUAGCAGUGGUGGUUUGCGUGGCGGGCAGUGAAAAGCAUUACACCAAUAGCUUCGUGGUAGAAGUUCAAGAUGGCGACAACCCUCAUUCUCUUGCCAAGAGACAUAAUCUUGAUUAUCUGGGACAGGUCUUAAAACACCAGAAAAACCUCCAUCAUUUUGUGAAACGAUCUGUGAAGGAUGCACCCCAUAGUCGUCGACAAAGAAGAAGCAUUGAUGAUGCUGCCACUCUACUCAAACAAGACCCUAUGGUAAAACGUGUCGUCCAACAAGAAGGAUACGUUCGAGUUAAGCGUGGAUUCAAAGACCUUAAACAACUGUACGAGAAUUUUGAUCUUCCAAAAGUCAAACAACCUAAGGAGGAUGAGCCUAAAGUAUGGAAAGACGCACCAUUUAACGACCCACUUAUCUCAAAACAAUGGUUUAUUAAAAAUAUAGGCCAAGCAGAUGGAACACCCGGCUUAGAUCUAAAUAUUGAAGAAGCAUGGAAGGCUGGAUACUCAGGAAAGGGAAUCACCAUUGCUAUUAUGGACGAUGGUAUUGAUUAUCUUCAUCCUGAUAUUGGUCCUAACUUCAAUGCUAAUGCCAGCUACGACUUCAGCAGUAACGAUCCAUUACCCUAUCCGCGAUACACCGAAGAUUGGUUCAAUAGUCAUGGAACGCGAUGUGCUGGGGAGGUUUCUGCGGUGGCCAACAAUGGAAUAUGCGGAGUGGGCAUCGCGUACAACUCCAAGAUUGCAGGUAUUCGCAUGUUGGAUCAGCCUUACAUGACUGAUAUCAUUGAAGCUUCGUCUAUGAGUCAUCUUCCUCAAAUGGUCGAUAUCUACAGUGCCAGCUGGGGGCCACAGGACAACGGUAAAACAGUAGAUGGUCCUCGGGACUUCACUCUGGAUGCCAUCGCCAACGGUGUCAACAAUGGCCGGGGUGGAAAGGGUAGCAUCUACGUCUGGGCUUCUGGAGACGGUGGUCCAAUGGAUGACUGCAACUGCGAUGGUUAUGCCUCUAGCAUGUGGACAGUAUCCAUCAACAGCGCCAUUAAUGAUGGCAGAACCGCCCUCUACGAUGAGUCCUGCUCCUCGACCUUGGCUUCCACCUUCAGCAAUGGCAGGAAGAACAGACAUCCUGAAGCUGGUGUGGCCACUACUGAUCUAUAUGGAAACUGCACCUUGUCACAUUCUGGAACAUCUGCCGCUGCUCCUGAAGCUGCAGGAAUCUUCGCUCUGGCCCUCGAGGCAAACCGUAACCUCACCUGGAGGGAUAUCCAACAUCUAACAGUCUUGACGUCCCAUAAAAACCGGCUAUAUGACGAGAAUUACAAGUGGCAGUGCAACGGCGUAGGUCUCGAGUUCAACCAUCUCUUUGGAUUCGGGGUGCUUGACGCUGGUGCCAUGGUAAAGAAGGCGGAGAAUUGGACCACUGCUCCUGAGAGGUAUCACUGCACCGGAGCCAAGUGGAACGGAUCAAGCACCGUGAGAGCUGGAGAAAAGUUGGUCCUGAAGCUUAACACCGAUGCUUGCACUGGACAGCAGAGCUAUGUCCGCUACUUGGAGCACACUCAAGCCAUCAUCACGCUUAACAGCAGUCGACGAGGGGAUGUGACGCUCAAUCUUACCUCGCCCAUGGGUACCCAAAGCAUUCUUCUCAGCACGCGACCCCAGGACGACGACAGCAAGGACGGCUUCCAACACUGGCCUUUCAUGACCACCCACACCUGGGGCGAAGACCCGCGCGGGGAAUGGAUCCUUGAGGUUGCUAUGGUAGAUGGAUCUGAACAUGCCGCCACCCUGACAGAGUGGUCCCUGGUGCUUCAUGGAACCAAGAACGCGUCGUACAUUGAAGAAGCCAACUCUCAAUCCAAAUGCAAGAAAAGGGUCAAGGAACUCGCCAAAGAAGCCGAAGAAGCCGCCCACAACCAGACAAUCAUAGAUCAACAGGAAGAGGAUGAGAUCAACCAAGCCAUGGAAGAAGCUAUGCUGAAGGCACAUCUGGAGCAGGAGGUUCAGGACGAGGAAGAGGAGGAAGAGGAAGGCCAACAACCAAUGGUAGGGUUCCAGGAAGAUUAUCCAGAUGAGGCCGAGCCGUCCAGUGAUCAAUACUCAUAUAACGGCAUAGGAAAUGGCAUAUAUUCAGAGGUGUCUUCCAUUUUCGACGACUAUAGCUCAUCUGCACCAUCAUACAUCAAAUCCUGGAAACAAUACGGUACCGACGAAAGGUUUUUGGCAUUGCUCAAGAAUUUACUCACAAAAGAAGAUGGUUACUAGGUAGAUGAUAUACUCUUAAUCAGAAUUUCAGGGUAUAUUAAACAAUCUUAAAAUGGGGAAAAUCUAAUUAUAAUCUCGAUAAGUUCCAGUGCUCUUUGGAUACGUAUGAAAGUUUUGAUUUUGAAGAACCGUUUUGAAGAAUAUCUGAUCAAUACCUAAAACAUAAUUUCAAUAAUAAUGAAAAUUAAUAAAAAGAGAACAUCUUCAGAAAAAUAUUACAUGGAUUUCUAUAUCAUAUAUGUUGAAGUGUUACUAAUUGAAAGCAAAUAUAUUAAAAUAUCAACUACAUUUUAUCUUCAUGUCUUUGAUCUACGAAUUGUUUCAGUAUAUCUUUAUGUAAUUAAAUUCAAAUUUAAUCCAACUUAAUUUCAUGAUUUUCUAGAACUUUUAAAGAACUCUUCAUUAAAAUUAACUUAAGGCAUGAUUUAUUUAUUUUCUCACACAACAUUUGAUUAAUCAGACUAUUUUAAAUGCGGACCAAAGAUGGUUUAUUAACUGUACAAUAAAGGUUUAUUCAAGAAAUGCCAUCUUUUUUCUUUGAUCAUUUGUGUUUUUUUUCUUUAUUAUUAUUAAACGUACUGCACCUCGUUUUGAGCAUUUACAAGAUAUUGUUGAAAUUUACAUUAUUAUUUUUUCCAUCAUGACAAAUGCCGUUAAUGCAAAAUAUUUUAAUAUUUUGCAUAACUGCAUUUUUAUAUGAUACUUAUUACAUACAUUUAUGUACAUGAUUUUCAGGUCUUUUUUACCUUUAAAAACAACGUGAUCAUGUUCCAUCUAUCACAUUUUAUCAUUUUUUGCAUAAUGAUUACUAUUAACUUUAUUCUUUUUUAAUUAUAAUACACUUAUUAUCAUUAUUCGCUGUAACUGAUACCUACAGCUAUCGUGAUAUUCCAUAGUUGAUAUUUUAGUCAUUUUCAUUGUUAUCAUUAUGAUAACUGUAAUGAUUAAUUUCACUAUUAAUUGAAGUAGUAGUAGUAGUAGCAGUAGUAGUAGUAGUAGUAGUAGUAGUAGUAGUAGUAGUAGUAGUAGUAGUAACA